AUGCGACCACCCCUUUCUCCCUCUUGUUCCAAGUGCUCUUCUUCUAGUUAUUCACUCGCUGCAACAAGUUUGGAAAGCAGACUCUUGACGAUAUUCAAGAAAGCACGGGAACUUACAACUCUCUGUGAUAUCGAAGCUUGCGUUAUUCAUUACGGACCUGACGGAGAACUGAGGACAUGGCCUGAGAACAGAGACAAAGUGAGAUCCCUCGCUCUCCGCUACAUCCAAUUAGACAAACCCAAGAGACUCAAGAAAAGCGUCGAUCUUUACGGGUUCCUCAAGAAGAAGAAGAAGAAGAAGAAGAAGACGGUGACCAGUUUGAAGAAGAAGAAUGUUGAUGAAGAAUUAAAGAAUCCAAUCUCCGAUCAUUACUCUUCCGACCAAAUCAACCAACUGAUUCAGUCUUUGGAACUAGGUUACUCUACUUUGCAAGAAAGGCAUCGUUUUCUUGAGGCAAAAGCAAACAUGGAUGAUCGUCAACAAUCUUUGAACCCUAGCCACGUCACCAAGUACCCACAAGAGUCUUGUGUUUAUGAUCAGAACAACAACAACAGCUUUCAACAUCUCUGCCUUUCAGAUUACUCAGCGGUACAAGAAUCUGGGUUACAUUAUCAGUUGAUGCCUUAUGAUCAGAACAUGAUGUGUAUGGGUAACAACUUUCAACAUCCCUACGGCUCCUCAAACACACCAGAUCACUCAGUGUUCCCACCAGAGCUACAAGAACCUGUGAGUAACUACGGGUUGAAUCAGUUGAUGCAGCAUGAGCUUUAUGGCUUUGAUCAGAACAUGUGUAUGGGUGAUACUAUCAACAGCUACAACGUUCUGGAUCCUUGUCUCUCAAACAUAGCUUCAGGUGACUUCUGUUUUGGUUUUCAGGACCUUUAUGGUGGUAACCCUAGUUUCUCUCAAGAUUUUCCAGACAUGUCAUCAAGCUAUGUUUAUGAGAACAAACUACUUCAGGCAUAUACUCUACCAUCUCUCUAG